AUGAAGAUGGAGCUCACCGGGGUUAACUGGGUGCUCGCAGCUGCAGGGUUUCUCCUGUGGACCAGCGGCGGCUCCGCUGCACCCAUGGAGUGCCACUUCAACUCCAGAGCUCUGUGUGAGUUUGAGGGGAGGCACUACUCACUGGGAGAGACCUGGAUGGACAACGCUUGCAUGCAGUGCACCUGUCUGCACCCUGUCGGGGUCGGUUGCUGCGAGACGGUGCAUCGGCCGGUGGACUUCCCUGCGUGGUGCGAGGUUCGGGUGGAGCCAGUGACCUGCAAAGUGUUCCUGGUCCAGACAGCUGACCCCCGCCUGCCCUGCUCCCCUGGAGAAGCAAACAAGGACCCGAGCCACGGUUCUCUUCAGCUGCACCAACAGCUGGAGGGCUAGAGAGCCACUCGGACCAGCGACUACAAGUUCAGUCUGUUUGCCUGUGAAGCCGAUACUCACUACAGUUAAACAUCAGUAACCGCUUUAAACACAUACUGAACAAAUAUAACAGCACCUGGAAUGUUCAGGUUUGAUAAUCAACGUUGGAAAUGUGAGUAAAAUUUGUCUGUGAAAGAAUAUUUAAGUAUAACUGCAGCAUUUUCCACCAAAUAAUAGGAAAUUUAUAUCCAACUUCUUUACAUAAAACAUCUUUUUCAAGUGUAUGUUCAAUAUUAGUUAUCAUUGUACGCAUCCACUCAUGGCUGAACAGCUUCAUUUUAAUGCAGUAAUUCUACACGCUUAAAAAAUCUGUAUAUUAAACCAAAGCCAUCUCUAAUUAAUCCAUUAAUGACUUAUUGUAAAUAUCAGCAAAUAUAUAUGUACAUUAAUAUAU